AUGGAAUCGCAGCCUUCAAUUCAACCAAUAAUUACACAGCCUAUGCCUAUAGAGAUCACUGGUCGCGUUAGCCGCUCAGCUCCUCCUGAGGCAGGAAAUUCGUUCACUGAUGUUGCAACACGUCAUGAAACUUUGGGAGAGUCACCAAAAUCACUUAAACCAAGUGGCUGGAUGUUGAAGUCAUCUCUUCGGCCCUUUUUUGAGUUUCCGACAAUCAACGGUAAGAAGUUUGCACAGUGUCUCUAUUGUGGAAAGCGGUAUCCUGAAGGUGAGUCAACGGGAAAUUUGUCUAAACACAUCCGGCAUGCGCAUCCGGCAGCUUUCAAAAACAAGAAUAACGAUAAAGUUAAAAAGUCGAGAACUUUAGACGUUUUUGUGCGGAGAUCAACCGCUUUGAGGGUGUCUAGUAUAAUAAGAGACGAAUACAAGAAAAAUCCCGAGGCUUUCCAAACGGUCCUGCUUGUUACAGAGGGCUUCCUUCCAUUUAGCUAUGUGCAGCUUAAUACUUGGAACAUUAUCAACAGCUCAAGACAGUCAAAAUUCAUUCAAUCAAGAACUACCCUUGUGAAAAAGCUUGAAUUAUUUUCUGGUUACAUGGAUGAGUGCUUAGCACUGAAUCUAAAAGACACCCAUCUCGUGAACGUUUUGUUAGAUAUCUGGACCGCGCCCAACGGUGAAUCAUUUUUGGGCAUUAUGGUUUCAUUUGUUCCAAAUAUUUUCAAUGAAACUACGUUGAGAUUUAGCCACAGCGCCUUCAAUAUUUUUCAACCGGAACAAUAAAGCUCAAAAUACGCACUUGCUUGACUUUGUAAGCCUCGGCACAAAGAGUCAUACUGGGCAAUACAUCUAUACUCUAGUGUCAUCCCUUCUAGAGAAGCAUAAAUUAUUAGACAAAGUGGCUACCAUAACAAUGGAUAAUGCCUCCAAUAAUGGUGCUUUUUAUCUUUUUUGGUUCACGAUAAUUUGAAGUUGUACAAACCAUUGGCUCACCGUCUUUUCAAGCGGGUGCGCUACAUUAGGUGUACCAGCCAUGUUUUGAACCUGCAAGUUCAAAAGUUGUUUCACCAUCUUUAUUCUGAGGUCAAAUUUGCGGAUGCUUACACCAAUAUCGUGAAGCUGGCGAAAAUUAUGAGAUAUUCCACCCGCAUAGCAACUGGUCUGAAAAUUGCGAAAGUUCCCGUGAUUCCACUUGAAUGUCCAACCAGAUGGAUGCUAAAGUGGCGUCAAAUUGAGAGAUUUUUGGCAAACCGUAACUUAUAUGAAGCAUGGUGCCAGAAAACGAAAGAGAUGGGUGGAGAGAAACUCUCCUCUAAAAUGGAAAAGUACCUUAUUUUGGAUGCGAGGACGGCCCAAUUAUUGAAGUACUUCGUCGAGGCCUGUGAACUGUUCAACAAUCUAACUCUAAAAUUGCAGGAAGAUGAUUACAAUUGCCUGUCAAAUGCCGUUCCCUUCUAUUACCUUCUAGAUCAUUACUACACGGCCGCUUCACAAGCUGUGGAAGGUGUUACAUUUUCUAGCUCCUCUUCAGCUACCAAUUUCUCUUGCCUUAAUGGCUCUUCAGCGCUGCACCCUGAGGAUAGAGAACUUGUUCUGCAGGCCAUGAUGGUGGCACAGAAGUCACAUUUGAACUACUUUGCUGAGGUCAAGAAAGACCCCAUUUACUAUUUGUCUGUUAUGCUCGAUCCUAGACAUAAACGGAAAAACUUUACCGCACAAUGUCUACGCCAGAGGCUAAUGAACGUAUUCAGCUAUGUGAAGCUUUCAUCAGAAAUUAUUUCAAAGAAUAUGAAUCCAUCGGCCCUUCAGAAGAGGUUAACACGUGUAUCGAACCCAGUUGUCACACGGAUCAAAAUAUCUUUGAUUUUGACCGACACCUACUGGGAUUAGUUGAUACCAAUGCUGAAGAUGAACAGGUGGUUGACGGCAACGCUGUAGACACAGCUGAAUUGGAUUAAUUACUUGGGAGAGCCCAUUUUAGCUUCCAACUCGAGAGAAGCGGCCAUUUCUUGGUGGUUCGACAGACGUCUAAGAUUUCCACGGCUCUUCAAGCUUGCAAUGUCUUGUUUCUACACCAAAAUUUCUACUUGCGAUGUUGAGAGGUGCUUUUCUUUGGCUGGAAGGGUUAUGCGGAAGGAUCGUACGCGGUUAACUAGGAAGAAUGUGAGAACCUCGAUGGUUUUAAGAGAUAGGUUCCUGAAAUUUGACUUCUAUCAGUGCGACACAAGCUCGUUAACUCCUAAAGAGUUCGAAGAAGUGGAAAACGAGUCCGAACUGUGUGUUUCAGACUUUGACGGAUCUGAUUGUUAUCUCGACAGUGAAGAAGACGAUUUACACUUAGCCUCCACCAGUAAUGAGGAGACUUGCGUUUCAACAGACUCAGCGGAAGAUCUGACUAAUAGCUCACUAAGUAGGAGAAAGGAGGGGAACUAA